AUUCUUCCUCCACCUCUUGCAUGUCGACGUUCCCCCUCCCCCUCCCCCUCCCCCUCCUCCUCCUCUAACCUCUUCUUCCAUGGCCGAACCCCUAAACCCCACCCAUCAAAACCACAGUUGGUUUCUCGGUUGUUUUGGGUUCCCCAUGAACAAAAAGUCCCACCCAAAACCCAUCCAAAAGAAGACCCGUUCGCUACGGCAAAUGUUUCGCUUAAGCCCCACCAAGUCCAUCACUAAAACCCUGCCUGUAAAUUACGCAGACAAGGCCAAGGCUGAUCAUGCGAAGACGAAGACCAAGACAUCAAAGCCGAUAAAGAAGAAAUCACCGGAUAGCACAAAGCUCUCUAAACCUCAUACACCUUCACGUCAAAACUCUAAAGCUGACCAGCGACUGGCCUCCACAAAUCAAAUUGUAAGAGAAACAACUAAAGAGACAUGGGCGGGGCAGGGGUCACUGUCGGAACCAACAAGGUCAAGAAGCCUACCGGAUUCGGUGGUCGCCAAGCCCAAACCCAAACCUAAAAAAACACAAACCGCGUUGUCCCAUACGGUUUCGUUACCGGUCCUAGAAGGGAGUCAACGGGUUGGGAAUAAUGGGAUUCAUGCUCCUCCGGUCAACUCAAAGGAUCUCCGACUGGACAAUAUCGAAUUGGGUAUGUCUGUUAUCGUGGUAACCUUGAUAAUAAUGUUAGUUUGGGGUCGAAUAUGUGCCAUUCUUUGUACGUCGGCAUGGUUGUACUUUUGCCCUCGUUUUCGAACCAGAGUGAAAGGUAAUGGAAGUAGUGGUGGUGGUGGUGGUGGUGUUGAAAGCACCCAGAAUUUGAAUGAUUCAUAUUUGAACUCCAAGGAGUACAAGAAGAAGGUGGUGCUGGAAGGCUUGCUCCACAGGAAUAACCGGAUUACCUUAUGAAAUAUCUCUUUUGUGCGCACAAAUUCCUGUUGGUUUUGAUGCGCACAAUUAACUGUAUCUAUCUUCUAUUUUUGAGUAAAAAGAGUAUGUAUCUUCUGUAUUUGGUAAUGUAAGGCUGAUGAUGGGCAUUUUGUGUAAA